AUGCCUGAUAUAUGGUAUGUUGCAGUGAUUGGUUGGUUGGUUGGUUGGUUGGUUGGUUGGUUGGUUGGUUGGUUGGUUGGUUGAGGUAAAGGAGGUAAAGAAAAAGCAGUGGUAUUGAUUGAGAGGAAGACUGAGAGUGAGCGGGACGAUUGUGGUUUUAUGAUGAUCCUAAACAGUUAAGUGGAUUCUGGAUGUUAUAUUAUGAAUGUUAUACAGGCUGUGGACCAACGAAUGGUAUCUAUUUUGAAAGGUGGACAGAAGAAUUUUGAACGGUUGUGUUUCUUAAUAAGAGACUUUAUCAUAGUGGCUCAAUCGAUUAUCACAUCUUUGGGGAUUUUGCUUUUAAGGAUUGAAAUUUACUCCUUGUUGAAAAAAAAUCCGGGUAAUGUCAGCAAGCAACUGUGUCAUUGUACCUUCUUGGUGGUCUUGAUAACAAGUCUCAGUAGUCAGGCUCGAAGAUACUUUGUGGAAAUGUCAAAACGUUCAUCACCGGGGAGUGAUGACGACUCUCCUGGUGCAUCAGCAGAUGAACCGUUUUAUAAUAAGCGAAGACUUGUUGAAUUUGAACCUAUUCGCAUUUGUUCAGUCAGCGGGACGAGCGAUAUAGAUGCAAAAGUUUUGGCAGUUCAGCAUUGCAAGUUGUCUGAACGUUUUCACCUCAAAGAACGUCAGACGACACAAUUGCAGCAUCGAGUCGAACAGUUAGAAAGUAGACAAGCUCAAGAUGAUGCGAUGAUGUGCACUAUUAACCGUUUCUGGAAUCUAUUCGAUGAAAAUGUGAGGACAUUGCUGCAAAGGUUCGAUGCCGAAACAGCAGUGGAAGGUGAGAUCAAAAUGGAAUGUGAAGAAACUAAAAGUUUCCUUGCAAAAUUGGCUCACUGGGACGAUGGGGAAACUGAAGAAAAAUUGAAGCAACGGGUAGAAUUCAGUCGUCGAGCAAUAUCGAAACUGAUUCAAGUGUUUGAUCAUAUUACACAAAGAAAUGGAAAAAUCGCAGAAAUGAUAGCAUCCUGUUCAGCGACAGAUGAGAGUCUAGAUGACGGUGCCUCUACGUCUGAUGGAAGACCAGCUGUAAAUGCGAUGUUGGUGAAAAGAAAUACGGAGUUAAGUGAAGAAAAUAUAAAACUCCAAAGAAUGAUUACGAAACUUCAGUCAGAAAACCACAGUCUUUCAUCCAAAGUAUCAGCUCAAGAAGAUAAAUUAACGAUAAUUGAUACUCGCAAGCAAGAGAUGGAUAAUAGUUUGGAGGAGAUGAAGUAUGAGUUGGAAAAAGCAAUGCGUCGCGAAUGCAAACUUGAUUUUCGUCUUGCUGAGUAUGUAAAGAAAACACACGAUCUGGAAAUGAAUUUGAUGAAAGCAUCAGCAGCAAAUGGUCCAAAUAAUACAAAUAAUACGAAAGCAGAUUCAUCCCCAACAGCUAGCGUGAAUAAAUCAAAAGCAAGUCAUCUAGAAGAAUUGGAGCAAAAUCUGGAAAUCCAAACCGAAUUGGCUGCUUCUCGUUUACAGGAAUUGCAAGAAAUGUUGGAUAAGAAUAAGAAUCUGACAAAACAAGUUGAAAAUUUAAAAAUGAAUCAAACUAUUUUAAGAUUGCAAAUUGAAACGGCGAAAUCGCAGUUGGCGACUUUACGCAGUGCUCAUUCUAAACAGAUCGAAGUUAUGGAGAGUGAAGAAUGUCAGGCUCGUGAACAAAUGCAAGAUACGAUGAAUAGGCAUGAAGAAGAAUUGUAUCAAGUGCGAAGGGAGUAUGAAAUGUUGCGUUUGGAGUUCGAACAGAAUCUCUCAGCCAAUGAGCAAUCAGGCCCGCUAAAUAAAGAAAUUCGUCUGAUGCUUGCAUCAGCAAAAGCUGAAAAUCAGCAACUGAAACAAGAAGCAAAUCGUUUCAAGAGGAAGUGGAAAGAAGCCGUUUCAUCCUUAGCGAAAUGUAAUAAAGAAUUAGAGAGCGAAAGGCGUUAUCGUGAAAGAUGUUUGCUGAUUGAAAUAGAAGAAGAUAAUGAUGCUUUGGCAUCACCAGAUCAGGACAGAAAUGCUGCAGAAUCCUCGGAAUCAAUGCUGCAUGAUGGUGGAAGCUGUGAAUACAGCAAUGAAAUAGAUGGUGAUAACGAUGUUGGAACACAUCCGAAUAAAGUGAUACAAAAGCUAAAGAAAAAAGUUGCCGAUUUACAAUUGAAAAUAGAUGCUUUAAAUGCACUGACGAUUGAGCAAAGGGAACGAGUUGAGCUGCUAGCACGGGAAAGAAGGCUGAAACUUGAAAAUGAGAAGUUGCAGCUCCAUAUUAAAAAACUUGCUGGCGCUGAUCAUAGAGAAAAAAUGAAAUAUUAUUCGGAUGAAGCACAAAGGAAAAUCAGAAGUCUGGAAGAAACAGCAGAUCGCCUUCGUAAGGAAGCGCAUUCGGCGAGGCAAGAAGAAGAAGGUCUCAUGAACGAUGUUGAAACUACGGGUCAGGCAUUUGAAGAAAUGCAGGAACAGAAUACUAGAUUAUUACAGCAACUGAGAGAAAAGGAUGAUGCGAAUUUAAAGCUGAUGGCUGAACGAAUACGUGCCAAUCAAUAUCAAAAAAAGAUGAGUGAAGAAAGAGAGCGCACAGAAGAACGUAUUAGUAGUUUGCAGAAUCAAAUCGAAGCCCAGCAGCUCAUGAUAUCGAAAUUGGAGGAGACGGAAAAGCUUCUGAGGCAGAAAAAUUCUCAUUUAGAGCAUCAGCUAAGAUUAAUCGAGCAGGCGAAUGAUAUGCAUAAAAGAAAAGCAAUCGAAUGUGCACAGACAUCGGCUGAUUACAAGGCUCAGUUGGAGAAGUGCAGCAGUCAGCUUAAUGAUGCACAGCAGGCCGUAACAACAAAAACUUCACAGCAGGAGGUGGAUUCGUUCAAAAUAAAACGUUUGGAAGAAGAGAAAAGCAUACUGAGAAAGAAAUUAGAACGGACAAAGAAGAUGGAAAAAAUGGAGAAUUGGGAUGAGGUGCUCAAUGAAGAAAUUAGGGAACUCAAGGAUAUUCUAACUUGCCCGUCAUGUAAAGUGCGGAGAAAGGACGCUGUACUAACGAAAUGUUUCCAUGUGUUUUGUAUGGAAUGUAUGAAGACACGUUAUGAGACAAGAAGACGUAAAUGUCCUAAAUGUAACGCUGCAUUUGGUGCGAACGAUUAUCGCCGAAUGUAUUUCACAUAG